CGCUUUACAGUCUUACUCGUGAUCUGACUUUGAUACUACUUGUUAGGAUCAAUCACUUAAUACCAUUACGUUAAAAAUUAUAUCUCGCAUCAAAGGCACAACUUUAUUCCUUAUACUGUCACAUUUUCAAAAGGCAUGAUGCUGGACUUGACUCUUCACAUGUCUCCACCCAACAAUCUCCCCUGCCCAACAGUCUUGGGAUGGAUAGCCACCCCAGCGGAUUGAUGUCUGUAAAAUAUGUGAAAGAGUUGCUGCACCCAAGACUCUUGUCUUAUUGCCCUCCUCCUCCCUUUUUAUACAACUGAGUUUUAUAGAUCCAAAAUAUCCACCACCCAUUGCUAUUGGGUGAAAGUUAUUUAAAUUUGUCUCCAAAGAGAUCCAUCCAUGUGCAACUCAUCAGUGGUCCUGCACCUGCUCUACUAGUACCCAAGCCAUGAUCUGUGAGGUCCAGCUGAGAGCUUUAGUUUUGUUCUCAUGGGGAUUAUGGGCAAUUGUUUUUUCUUUGGGAGAGGAUAAUUUACUGAGCUGUGAAUCAACAUCUCCUUCUGCUUCUGGCUAUCACUGUGAUCAAAACAGAUCACAAACACACUGCACAACAUUUGCUCUUCUCUUCACUAAUUCCUAUUACUCUUCUCUUUCCAAUCUGAGCUUUUACCUGGGAAUCAACAGAUUCCAGGUUUCUGAAGCUAAUGCCCUCUCUGCUGACACAGAAUUCCUCCCCCUCAACUACCCUCUCUUCAUCCCCAUUCACUGCAAAUGUGUUGGUGGAUUCUAUGGAGCAGAGCUGAGAAAGCCCAGCAUCAAAGGGGAGACCUUUUAUGGGAUUGCCAAGUCUUUGGAGGGCCUAACAACUUGCAAAGCAAUUCGAGAGAAAAACCCGAAUUCGAAGGAACCACUUAAGGACAAUCUUCCCUUGCUGGUUCCAUUGAGAUGUGCUUGCCCAACUGCAACUUUCCAGACCAAGAUUCUUCUCUCUUACCCUCUGAUCAGAGCUGAUACACUUCAAUCCUUGGCUCUCAAGUUCAACACCACUGUCAAAAGCAUCAUUACUGCAAAUAACAGAUCAGAAGUUGGUGAAGUGGGUGGUUUAUCAUCCUCAUCAACUCUUCUUAUCCCCAUUGACACCAGCAAGCUAGUUCUUGGCUCUCUGGCUAAGCCCCAUCAACCCAAACUUGGAUACCCGGCAACAAGAAUCGACAAAGGAAGCAAUAAGAAUCCACACAAGAGAAAGUCCAGAUCAAGAAUGGCUAUGAUUGGGGUUUAUAUUGGGGUAAGCGUGGUUGCAUUUGCAGCAGCGAUUGCCAUUUUAGCAGCUUUUCUGUUCUUCCACUGGAAGAGGAAGAAGGUGAGCUCGUGCUGCAAGGAUGGCAAUGGCGAUUUGGAGCUGCAACAGCUGAAUUUGAGCGUGAGAACGGCUAGCGAGAAGAAGGUGUCAUUUGAGAGAGACGAUGAUCAUCAUCAUCUUCACCAGGCUCACACCCCACGUAAAGUGUCAAUUUGUACAUACACAAUUGAGGAGUUGGAUAGAGCCACUGAGAGCUUCAACCCCUCCAAUCUCAUCGAAGGUUCUGUGUUCCAUGGCCGCCUCAACGGAAAGAACCUGGCAAUUAAACAGACCCAGACCCAGAAUAUCUCAAGAAUAGAUUUUGAGCUCUUCAUUGACAAUAUCCAUCAUCACCCUAACAUAAUCAGGCUCUUGGGGACCUGCUUGACCCAGAACCCAGAUUCCUUCCUGGUAUUCGAGUACGCAAAGAAUGGUUCCCUCAAGGAUUGGCUCCAUGGUGGGUUAGCCAUGAAAAACCAAUUCAUCGCUUCCUGCUAUUGUUUCUUGAGCUGGGAUCAGCGGCUGAGGAUCUGUCUCGGCGUCGCUUCAGCCUUACAGUUCAUGCAUCAGAUCAUGAACCCUCCUUAUGUCCACCGCAAUAUCAAGAGCCGCAACAUCUUCAUCGACGAAGAAUUCAACGCAAAAGUUGGUAACUUUGGCAUGGCUAAGUGGGCAGCAGGGAACGUUUCAGUUUCAGAGGACGAAAUUGGCAAUCCUCAAUCCUGGAACAAAGGCUACUUGGCACCAGAGAAAGACAUAGCCUCCCCAAGCGCUGACAUAUUUGCUUUUGGGGUGGUGUUAUUGGAGGUUUUGUCCGGGCAAACGCCGAUAACUAGAGAAAACGGGAAAGGGGAAGCGAAAGUGCGAUUGUGCGAUAAAAUCAAGGCGAUUUUGGGGUCGGAAAACGCAGAUGAGUUGCGGGAGUGGAUAGACAGCGGGCUGGGCGAGAAUUACCCAUUCGAGGCGGCGGUGACGGUGGCGAAUCUUGCGCGGUCGUGCGUGGAGGAUGAGCCGUCGUCGAGACCGCAUGCCGGAGAAAUUGUAGACAAGUUAUCGAGAUUGGUCGAAGAAUUGGCCCAAGGCCAAGGGGAGGAACAAUUCCCGAUGUGCGAAGAAAGCACCUGCAAACCUCUCGUCAAGGCCGCCACCGCAAGUACAAUGUAAAAAAGCAGCCGUGUGUGUGUGAAACAAUUUUCUUUCUCGUACGUGUUUUUAAGCAAACAAGAAUGUAUAUAUUCAAUUAAACAAA